AUGGCUCUCGCGUAUCCUUGUCUACAUGGAAAAGACAUACAUGUUUGUACACACGUUUCUAUAUAUAUAUAUAUAUAUAUAUAUAUACAUAAAUAUAUAUAUAUAUAUGUGCAUGUCUUUUUUGUGGUAUGUUGUUUUUGUUCUUCGAUUUGUCGCGUAAAGACUUGCGGCGCAAGAGAGACCGUUCUCAAGUUCGUUCGCAGCUUCCUGCAAACGUCGCGUCUCUGUUCCUUCUCGAGUCUUGUCAGAACUUUUCCUGUAUUGAAUUAUUGCUGUGACGUUUUCCGUGGACGGCCUCCUCGUCGCUUCCUCGCUGUCGCCUCUCGACGGCAUGACGCAUCUAAGCUUCGAAGGUCACCCCGAUGUUCUGCGGCCUUCUCGUCUACUGCCCUUCCACGCACUCCCUGUGUCGUAUCCUCUCUUCCUGCUUCUCUCUCUUUCCUCUUCCUUCCAAUUUCUGCCUUUUCCUCGUUUUCUGGUGUUCGUCGCUCUGCUCUUCCUAGAGAGCAGCUCGAAGGCGCUGGUCGUAUGCGAGACAGUGCCGCAGCCAGCGAGUGCUCGGCGUUCGACUCGACACUGUGUAGCAAAGACGAUUCUUCCUUCGUUCGAAGCGCCUGUCUCGCUCGACGCCUUGUUCGGCAAAGUCGGCGAAACGGCAUGGACAGGCGCAAACCACACAUCCCUACGCACCGAACGGCCCUCCCAGAUCCACUUAUCAGCACAGAAGCAUCGCGUAUUUGA